CAUCUGAAAGGCUGACUCCGUUUCCUGUUUCGGAUUUUAAAGUAGGCGAACCCAUUCUACUAUGGCCCUAUUCUCCGCUGAACCCGUUCUACGCUGGUCCAGGCUCCGCACCCGUUACGCGCUCCAUCGGUGCGACCGAACGAAAGGAAGAACCGAGCCACGCCGCGGAGGGAGCCCCACUUGAGGAGGCCGGUCCGACCAGCGCUAAGACCCUGCCUUCCCCCCUCGCCCCCCCAAAGCGGCCCCCAGCCCGUCCCGCCCCUGGUCUCCGUGGCGGGGGGCGAGGAUGGAGGCCUGGGCCUUGUCGUUGCUGCUGCUCCUGGGGUGCGGCGUGCGGGGCCAGUACGAGGAAUACAGCUUCCGCGGCUUCCCGCAGGCCGAGCUCCGGCCUUUGCAGGCCACCUACGCCGCCGCGCUGGAGGGCUUCGAGGGUGAGAACUGGCGGGAGAGCGUUUGGGGCCUGGAGCGGGCCCUGCGCCUGCACCGCCUGCUGCGGGACAGCGAGGCCCACUGCCACCAGCUCUGCGGUGGCACCCAGCCCGCCGACCCGGCCUCCCCGCGGCCCCCGCCGCCCCCGGCCCAGGCCGGGCAGGCCGGCGAGCAGUGGGCCCGAGAGCUGGGCCUCUUCGCCCACCUCCUCCACCGUGCCGCCUGCCUGCGGGGCUGCAAGAAGGACCUGCCCGUCUUCCGCCUGCCCUACCCGCCCCGCCAGCUGCUCAGGGACUUCCAGAGCCGCCUGCCCUACCUCUACCUGCACUACGCCCUCUUCAAGACCAACCGGCCGGAGAAGGCCGUGGCGGCGGCCCACACGUUCCUGCAGCGGCAUCCCAAGCACGACGUGACCCUGAAGUAUCUCAACUACUACCGGGGCCUGGUGGACGUGGACGAGUAUCUCACGGACCUGGAGGCUCAGCCCUAUGAGGCGGUGUUCGUGCGGGCCGUUAAACUCUAUAACGCUGGAGAUUUCCGGCUCAGCGUGGCCGACAUGGAGCGGGCCUUGGCGGAUUAUCUGGCCGGGUUCGGACACUGUCUAGCCGGCUGCGAGGGAGCCCAUGAGCUCAGCACCUUCCGGGAUUUCUACCCUGCCAUCGCAGACCGCUUGGCCGAAGCGCUGCAGUGCAAGGUGGACUGCGAGGCCGACCUGACCCCCAACGUGGGCGGCUACUUCGUGGACAAGUUCGUGGCCACCAUGUAUCACUACCUGCAGUUUGCCUACUACAAGCUGAACGACGUGAAGCAGGCGGCACGCAGCGUGGCCAGUUACAUGCUGUUUGACCCCACGGACAACGUCAUGCAACAGAACCUCGUGUAUUAUCGCUUCCACCGCGAGCGCUGGGGCCUACAGGAAGAAGACUUCCAGCCCCGUCCGGAAGCGGUGCAGUAUCACAACCAGACGGCCGAGCUGAGGGAACUGCUGGACUUCGCCCAGCUCUACCUUCAGAUGGAUGAUGACGAGAUGGAGAUAGAGGAGACCGUGGAGCCGGACAGGCCGGAGCUGCCCUCGGACAGCGAGUUCGAGGGGGAUGGAGACUAUGAAGAGGGCAUCUACGCUGACUGGUGGCAGGAGCCGGACGCCAAGGGCGAUGAAGCAGAGGCAGAGGCAGAGCAGCCGUGAGUGGGCAGGACCCCCUUCUCGCCCCCAGCUGAGAUCUCCGGGAGCCCCCAGCCCUUUCCACCUGCUAAACAAGGGGAGGGUGUCUUCUUCGCCUUCCCUGCGGAUUCCCGGCCGGCAGCAGCUGGAUUUAUGGAGAACUUUUUUUCCCGGGCCUGGGACUUUUAUUCCCGGGCCUGGGACUUUUAUUCCCGGGAUGCCCGCUAGGGGGCAGGGCGGGCAUCCCGGGGCUUUAUUCCCGGGAUGCCCGCUAGGGGGCAGGGCGGGCCCCCCCGCUCGGUGACUGUCGGGACGGAGCCGGCCGCCAGGUGGCGCGCGGGAGGCGGCGGCGAAUAAUAAUAAUAAUAA